AUGUCUGCAAACACUGAAACCACCACCGUGAAGAGAGGAGAACUCUUUGUGUAUAUUAGCUACAUUUCAGCCAUUCGAUCUCGUUCCUCCAAAUGUAAAAAGUUAUUACAAAUUCUUGAUAGCAAUCAAGUGAAAUACACUGUGAUUGAUUUGGGUAUUGUUCCUGAAAAGAUUAACGAAAUGUUGAAAUAUAAUGGAGGUAUUCAUGAUUUACCACAAGUAUUUGUGGAUACCAAAUUUAUUGGAACCUUUGAUGAUGUUGAAGAAUGGAUUGAAGAAGAAAGACUUUUAACUGAAUUGCAACAAGCAGGAUAUAAGGGAGGUCCUAAUCCACCUCAUAUUGAUCAAGAAGAAGUCCAUAGAAUCAAUGAGGAAUUUAAAACUAAAUUCCCAGAAGAAGUUCUCUCAGAAGAAGCCAAACAAGAAAAACUUUCCAACAUUGAAAAGAUGAAAACAGAAAAAUUGGAACAACGAAAAAAGUUAUUAUCAUCACAACAUGACAACCAUUCAACAAAUGUUGCAGAGAAUGCAGAAACAACAUCCAAAGCUCAACAAGAGAAGGACGAACAAGAAGAAGAAGAACCACUUGCUGAUGAAGAUGAUCAGUACGAUGAUGAUGAUCAAGAGGAAGAAGAAGAUAAUUAUGUUCGUAAAUAUGAUCCAAACCGUGACUCUGAUGAUGAAUAUUAUUAA